UGUGCACGAGCAGAUCGAUAUAUUGUCAGUGCGAUUUAGCUACUCGUUGAGUACAGACGCUUUGGCGUGAUCGAUUUCCGUAACGAAUUAGUUCGUUCGCGGUUUAUACUUCGGUAUCGCACAUGUCAGUUUUAUUGCUAUUAGUAGCAAUUAUUGGAAUUAUUUUGUCAUUCAUAACUAAUUUUACUGAAUUUCGUUAUUUUUCUUCGGAAAAAAUAAAAAGAAACUUGUUUUUCGUAAAAAAUUUCUUCGGAAAUUUUUACCAGUCUAAACACGUGUUAGAGACCGGUUUACGAUAUCCGGCACAUUUUUUCUUAGGUCUCUGUAUAUUUAACACGUCAUGGCGGACAAAGAAGUCCAGAACAGUAAAAAACCACCCAGUAAGUCGGUUUUGGUCGCAAAUAAGACCUCUUCGGUGUCUGAGGACACACCUAAAACUGUUUCUAACAAAGGUCAGUGUUCUACGUCCACAAGUUCUAUGUCUAAGGAGCCUGAACUCACUCGUGAAGUUCUCUCUAUUUUGCAAGAGCUCAAUGAAAAUAUGAAAAGUCAGAAAGAACGUAUUGAGAAACUUGAAUCUACUCAAUAUUACGAUGAAGAGUAUUCAGAGGACCAGUUCUAUGAUGACGAUGGACAGUCUUUUGAUGAAAUUGAUCAAGAAAGUGUAAGUCCCAAUCCGGUUUUUCGGAACCUUAUGGAACGUUUUAGUAAUUCUGACCCUGUUGAUAAAAAGGUCAAUGAUGAUCUAGCAAAAUUUGUGAAUAGUUCUUUCAGGAACGAACUGUCUGAUGAUAAAAUGAAUGAGCUUUUGAAACAGGUGCAUCGGCCUGAAAAUUGUGAUGCUCUUGUUAAAACUCGUGUUAAUCAAGGGAUAUGGCGUCUGCUGCGAUCUCAGGUUCAAUAUGAUGAUAAUAAAAUGCAAAGUGUUCAAGAACUUUUGGUGAAAGCAGCAUCUAACAUUACCAAAUCUGUUGACAUAUUAGCCAAUUCCACAGAAGACCCAUCAGUUGCAUGUAGUAAGGCCAUUGAUCUUUCAACCAAUGCUAUAGCCCUUUUAGGCCAGACCUACAGAAACAUUAACAUAAGAAGAAAAGAGCUUCACAAAAGCAGUUUGGACCCCAAAUACCAUUAUCUUGCCUCUCCAUCAUUGCCAUGUACAGAUUUUUUGUAUGGUGAUGACAAUGACGUUAAUAGGAAUGUUCGUGAGAUAAACGAUCUCAACAAAAUUGGCCGCAUUGGGCAGCAAUUUGGCAGAGGACGUGACUUCCGUCGUCCCCAUCCAUACAGAUCGGGGUUUAGAGGUCGAGGCCGAUUUCGUGGUCGAGGCCGUGGUGAUGCUGGCUUUUCAAAAAACGGCCGAGCAUUGGCACCGAGGAAAUAGACAAGUUUGCUGGGACGCCUAGUACAGAAAGUACGGGUGGAUGCUGCGGAGAUGGUCCUGGUGGCACCUCUUUGGGUAACGCAGAAUUGGUUUACUCCAAUCCUCGAGAUGUUGAUACAGGAUCCUCUCAUCUUGAAGGUGAAGAAACAGACUUUGAAUGUUCCAGGAACCAAAAAGGUACAUCCUCUGGUGAACAAGUUGCAUUUGAUGGUAUGUCAUAUAUCAGGAAUUCCUUCAAAAGCCGAGCUUUAUCGGAAGAAUCUGUCGAAAUUCUCAUGGCUUCUUGGAGAAAAUCCACUAAGAAGCAAUAUCAGUGUUACAUCAAGAAAUGGGUUCUCUUCUGUUGCGAAAGGAAAAGUGAUAUUUUUCAAACGACUAUUGAAUCAGUAAUAGAAUUUCUUACUUAUUUAUACAAACAAAAAUAUAGCUAUGAAACAUUGAACACUGCUCGUAGUGCAUUGUCAAAUUUGUGUAAGUUAGUAGAUGGACAUUCUGUUGGUUCACAUCCAUUAGUUGUCAGAUAUAUGACAGGAGUUUUCAAUUUACGGCCAAGACGUGUUAAAUAUACAGAGACCUGGGAUGUGGCCAUUCUUCUGCGUUAUUUGAAGACGUUGACACCAGUUUCAUCUUUGACUUUGAAGAUGUUAUGUUGCAAAUUAGUAACUCUUAUUGUGCUCACUCAAGCAAGUCGUUCACAUUCAGUUAGUUUAUUAACUUUGGACGGAAUGAAACAAGAAGAUUCAUUCUUUGUUGUAUACUAUAGUGGGUUAUUGAAGCAAUGUCGUAAGGGUAAAGUAAACCCUUUUGUUAUGCUAAAGAAAUACAAUUUAGAUAAUGCUAUAUGUGUGUACACUACACUUGAAGAAUAUAUUUCACGUACAAGGAUAUUACGUGGAGUAAAUAUGAAUUUGUUUAUCAGUUAUAUUAAGCCUUAUAACUCUGUUGGACCUACUACUAUUGCUAGAUGGGUCAAAUUCAUGAUGAGUAAAGCUGGGAUUGAUGUAAAUAAGUUUAAAACGCAUAGUGCUCGUUGUGCUACAACUUCAAAAGCUAAGCAGAGUGGUUUACCAUUGGCGGAGAUUCUAAAAGUUGCUGGGUGGUCAAGUGAGAGAACAUUUGCCCAGUAUUAUGAGAAGCCAAUAGAGAACUGUGAAGAUUUUCAAUCUGCUGUGCUGCAAUAGAUACACAUUAUUAUAAGGUAAUAUUUAAAGGUUUCUUUAAAUAUUGGCCCAUAUUUAUAUCGUAGCUCAAAAAAGUCAUGUCCUUCAGUGUUGAAGUCUCAUUUGAGCACGGAAGUUGUAUGACGUAAUAGAAUUCCCCCAAACAAACUAGACUUACCUUAAGUUGACGUUUGGUUGGAAUUCUGUGUAGUCAUAUGACAACUGGAGGGAUCAAAUGCCCUCCCUCACCACCCUUUAUUUUAUUUGGUGAGAGUUUAAAAUUUUCAUCUGUAUUCAUUUGAUAUGGACAUAACUUUUUUGAAAUCGUGUUGAAGACUGACAAUAUAUCGAUCUGCUCGUGCACAUCUCAU